UCCUCCUCCUAGAGGCACAACGCCUUACCAAAGUUUGUACCAGCCAAAGAACCACAAGUUUCAUCGAGACCUUACCCGAGAGAGAGAGACUACGCCGACCGGUCAAGAGAAAAUCUGCGAGAGAAUCAACAGGUAUGGACGGAGCAACACGCCCAGCGGCUAUACCCGAAGCCUUAUUAAAUGAAAUAGCCAUUAUCAACAAUGCUAAUAAUGAAAAUGAUGCGGAUUACUCUGCUCAACACGACUCGCCACCAGCGGCGUCUGCUGAAACACUGGCCCAGGACCCCUGUUUUCUCCCAUCCUUAGAGACAUUAACAAGCAUGUUAAAUGAAAGGGGUUCUGAAGCAGAAGCGGGGCUACCCCCCACCGACGAGGUCGCAUGGUCCCCCGCGGAUUCUGAAUUGUGGGAGGCCUUGUCAGACGUGGAAUUUCUUCUCGAUGCUGAGGAGAUUGAAAAUGAAUUUGGGCUGGGACAAUUUGAAAAUGUUCAACAGGAAGGUGGCGGUGCCGUCGGUGACGUGGAUCCCCAGCCUGACGGGGUCCUUCAUCGCCGCAGAUUCAAUAACGUACAGAUUAGGCGGAUUCUAAAUAUCCCGCGACCUAGAAACGAAGGCAAUUUCCGCGAGUACUAUGAAAAUGUAAUCGAGGGGUUUCAAAAUAUUGUGAAUGAGGCGAUUCCUUACGCCGUAUGGGGAGCCUAUAUACAAGUCACCCUGCGCGCUGACUUUUUAAACGACGAGCUGUCGCAAAUUGUACGGUAUGGGGUGGGGGAGCUGACAGACUUGCAGCAGCUGCUGGAUCGCCUGGUACAGUCUAAUCAAGAGAUUUUAAACGAUUCCAACCUAGAAGUAAUCGUAGACGUAAUAAAUAUCCCACGCGGCGGUGCGAACAAACGUAAACUACAGACCAUGUUAGCUUCAGAAAUAAUUUCUAAAAAAGCCAGACACAUGUUUAUCAUUAAUAACAACACCAACGCGUGUUUCGCCAUAAACUUGGCGCACCUGCUGGACGAAAACUUUACUGUUGCCGAGGCUGAAAAGCUCGGCCUGGAGUUACAGGAGAAAGCGGGAUUCACCCCCGAUCACGCAGUCGCUUUGAAUGACAUUAUCAAUUUCGAGAAAAUCAUUGAUUGCAAAGCAGUGGUGUAUUAUCAACAACCUUAUUCAAACAAUCUCCAAAUUUACCAGACACCCACGCCUAGCGACGGUAGACGGGCGGUGUAUUUCUUUUUACACAAUCAGCAUUUUUAUGGCAUUAAAAGCGUAAAGGGCUUCUUAGGCGUGGGGUACGUUUGCCCGAGCUGUUUCAAAGGGUACGAUUCGCCUCACUCUCAUCAAUGCGAAAAAUUUUGUAGCGUCUGUCAGACUAAUUGCAGAGAAGGUGAAAGCACACCGGCGAUACUAUGUGAGCGUUGUAAUUUCAGAUGUUUAAAUGACACCUGCUUUGAGCGCCACCGUACGCCUAGGGUCUGCCCAGUUAGGGGGGAGCUCGCUACCCCCUGUGACAAUGGCUGGAAUUCAUCGGGCGCGCGCGCGGCAUCGAAAUUCGACACGCGCUGCGUGGGGGUGAACUGCGUGUGGGACGCUUUCACCUAG